UCAGAUUUCCUGCCUCGUCACAGCCUCUGACUCAUAAGUUCAAACUUGUGUCUCGUGUGUAUUCUUGUUCCCUCUGUAAUGGAGGGGGGAGAAGGUUGAGAAACGCAGGAAGAACUUGCCAAAGGGCUUCAUGAAAACACGAAGGUGUAUUUAUCAGGUUACUUAUGGAGCGACUGGGCUUUUCCGUUUUGUGGUGUGGAGCGAUACUCUUCACUAGUUCACUUCUGAGUGGACACCCCGGGGCAGUCAUGCCAUCUGACAGUUUGGGGGUCGCAUCAAAAGGGGUACAAGCAGUUUUUAAAAUGCACAAGCUCUGCAGGUUCUGUGACUUUAGACCCAGUACCUGUAAUGCCACUGGCAUCUGUUUGUCCAACUGCACCAUCAACUCAAUCUGUGAAGUGCGGGAUGAGGUCUGCGUCGCUGCAUGGCACAGAGAGAACAUGACUGUGGAAACUGUUUGCCAUGACCCUUCGCUGCCCUUCCAUGGUGUCAUGUUGGACGACUACAACAACACAAAAUGUGUGAUGAAACAGUACAAAGCCCUGGACCCACACUUCUACAUCUGCUCCUGUACAACGGAUGAGUGUAACGAUGAGCUUAUCUUUACACCACGGGACGUCAUCCAGGCUGUCCCCAUAGUUCUGAUCGCUCUGCUUCCUGUCCUGGUGCUGGCUGUCCUCAUCAUCUCUGUCCUCUACAUCUACCGCAUGCGAGCGCUCCACCAGCUCAGGGCCAAGCACGGCCAUAAGGGCCCUGCCCACAGCUACAGUGACACGUGCACCAUCAUUGGCCGGGACGACUGUGGCACCACCCUCACCAACAGCAUGAACCACAACACUGAGCUGCUGCCCAUUGAUCUGGAGAUCCUGGUGGGGAAAGGUCGCUUUGCCGAGGUGUACCGUGCACGCCUGGAGCAGAGGCCUUGCGCCACCGGCCGGGCGCCCUUCCAGACGGUGGCAGUUAAGAUCUUCCCAUGCGAGGAGUACGCCUCAUGGAAGACGGAGCGCAGCAUCUUCUCGGACGCGGAGCUGCGUCACGAGAAUGUGCUGCACUUCCUGACGGCGGAGGAGCGCAUGGUUGAAGGGCAGUACUGGCUGGUCACGGCCUACCACGCACGCGGGAACCUGCAGGACUACCUAAGAGCACGCCUGCUGAGCUGGGAGCACCUGCUGCAACUGGGCAGCUCGCUCGCCCGUGCUCUGGCACACCUGCAUGCCGACCGCACACCCUGCGGACGCCCCAAAACCGCCAUCGUGCACAGGGACCUAAAGAGCUCCAACGUCCUGGUGAAAGACGAUCUCACCUGCUGCCUCUGUGACUUUGGCCUGGGACUACGCCUCGACAGUGCUCUAUCUGUGGAUGAACUGGCUAACAGUGGACAGGUGGGCACAGCCAGGUAUAUGGCACCUGAGGUACUGGAGUCCAGGAUCAACCUGGAGAACAUUGAAUCCUUCAAGCAAGCUGACGUCUACUCUAUGGCUCUGGUGCUGUGGGAAAUCACCUCCAGAUGCACCGCCAUUGGAGAUGUCAAGGAGUAUGAGCCUCCAUUUGGAAAGCUACAGGAGAACCCGUGUGUGGAGAGCAUGAAGGACAGUGUGAUCAGAGACAGAGAACGGCCAGAUAUACCCAACAGCUGGUGCAAGCACCUGGGUAUUAAGGAAGUGUGUAUGGUGAUCACCGAGUGUUGGGACCAGGACCCAGAGGCACGUCUCACAGCCCACUGUGUGAUCGAGCGCUUUAAUGCCCUGCAGCACGUGGACCUCAGCCCGGAGCAGAAGAUCCCCUCAGACACAGUGGGUGACGAGAAGUAGCGCUCCCCCUGCUGGACUGGAGGACAAACCGCUUUCAUUCUCUCCACACUCCACCCUCCGGAGAACCACACGCUCAGGCGUGGCUAUGGUCUGAGGAACGGGUUUGAUAAUGUUAGUCUUAAGAUAGGUUCCGUGCUAGAAUGGUCAGGGCUCAGGUGUUUGCUCUGGCCUGGUUACCAGGGCAACGACAUCUUGAUGGAGGCUGUUUGAAUAGGAGCUCAGACCUGUCCACUCUUGCUAUUGACCAGUAUAUAACCAGCAGACCUAUCAGGUUAAAGAACACAGGCACACGUGUACUAUAUGGACAAAACAACCAUAUGGCUUAUAUGCUAAUCGUUAAAUGUUUUAAAGACUGAAUACAGUGAAUAUUUUGAGCUA